ACACUCAUUUCUUUUUCAUUAAUUACAGAUUAAAAAGGAAGCUUUAUCAUACAUUCGUUAAUAGGAAAGCUUUCGAUAACGACCUAAAAACAUAUUUAUUUUAACCACCAACUUCUAACCACACUUUUUUUUUCCAAAAUAAGACAACUCGACACAUCUGACGAAAUGAAACAACCACCUGCAGUUAAGCGAUUGUUUGGAUUAUACUUCCACCACUUUCCUUUUGUUAUGUUGACUACAACUGAAGCUGUGUUCCUUCAUACCAGCAUCUUAAUAUUUGCAAUGUUUAUUGCAUAUGGUAUAUAUUCAUAUUUGCCAGCUACAAUAAUGUUUUCCAUAUCCCGAGCAUCAUACUAUUUGUUUGGUGAGAGUAACACGUUGGGAGCAAAUACACUUCAGUAUUGAUGAUUACUAGUAGUGUUAUUAUUUUUUUGUCUUGGCCUUUGCAUUGACUGAUAUUUGGGGUCUUUUUUAAAGUUGCUUUCCUAAAAUAUUUCGCUCUUUGGUUAUUUAAUUUAAUUGUGGGUCUACAUUACGGAGUCUAAUAAAUAUGAAUAAUAGGGGAACAAAUAGCAGCAGGAUCCACAAAAAAAAUUAUGUGUAACGUCUUUUUUUAUUUAUAUAUUGAUUUUGGUUUUAAUAUACUUUUUACGUCGUUUAAUACGUUUAUGUAGAAGAUUCACUGGGUUGCUGAGUAAACCUACCCAG